AAAGGCAGCACCACGCCGCUGCCUUCAUCGCACUUCAACUGAAGCGAGUCACAAUACAGUGAUCACUCCACUUCUUUAAAGUCUCGCCAUACCAGUCAAGACCCGUCGACACAUCCUUAACUGCGUCCGACAUUCUGACCAAAAUCCCAAUCGAACCGCCAAAAUGCUGUGUCGUGUCGUCCUUUUCGCCACAUCCGUUGUCCUUUCCGUUGUCGCUGCGCCUAUUCCUUCCGUUCAGAAGUCUGAGCAUAGUGUGGCGCCUAGAGAUCACAACAUCGCCUGCUCAGUGGACUACUGUCUGAUAACCCGACAAAGUGACGACCAUUUCGAUGAGGCCUCUUUCGAAGACAUAGAUAACCAACAGGAAUUGGUGAACGCUCGUUCCGUGGAUACACCUCUUGGCGCUCGACAAAGCGACGACAGAUUCGACGAAACGUCUUUCGAAGACAUAGAUAACCAGCAGGAACUCGUGAACGCCCGUUCCGUGGAUACACCUCUUGGCGCUCGACAAAGCGACGACAACUUUGACGAAACGUCUUUCGAAGAUAUAGACAAUCAGCAGGAAAUGGUACAGAGCUGAUAGAGUCGAAUUUCGCUAGGUGUGGCAUUCAAAGGGAGCUGAGAAGGCCGGCCCUGUGCUCCAGCAGAGAUAAAGAGAAAGGAAUCCAUCAGAUGAUUUUCCUUGACUUCCACACCGUUCGAGAAUACAAAGCAUGAGAAAAGGAACCUGCUUGAAAUGGAGGGAAGCAGUGAGGCU